GUGUGACCGCGUCUAGGCCCCGCCGCGUCCGCCACGCCCAGCGCUCGGCAGCAUCCGCCCCACUGGCCUGGCCCGCCCCCCGCACCCGGCGCUCUUUUGCCCGGCCUCCGGUUCUCGCCGGCUCUCUGGCCAGCACCCGAAGACGUGGAGCGCUGCGGCGGCCGAUUUGUCAAAGAUGAAAGUGACCUUAUCAGCUUUGAAUACUUCUGAGAGUUCUUUCACGCCUUUGGUGGUCAUAGAACUUGCUCAGGAUGUCAAAGAAGAAACCAAAGAAUGGCUGAAAAACAGAAUUAUAGCUAAAAAAGAAGAUGGAGGUGCCCAGUUGUUGUUUAGACCAUUGUUAAAUAAAUAUGAACAAGAAACACUAGAAAAUCAGAACUUAUAUCUUGUUGGUGCCUCCAAGAUUAGAAUGUUACUGGGAGCAGAAGCAGUGGGAUUGGUAAAAGAGUGCAAUGAUAACACCAUGAGAGCCUUCACAUACAGAACCAGACAGAACUUCAAAGGUUUCGAUGAUAACAAUGAUGAUUUCCUGACAAUGGCGGAAUGUCAAUUCAUUAUCAAACAUGAACUUGAAAAUCUUAGAGCUAAAGAUGAAAAAAUGAUCCCUGGCUACCCCCAGGCAAAGCUGUAUCCAGGAAAAUCAUUGUUGAGAAGAUUGCUCACGUCUGGCAUCGUGAUUCAGGUGUUUCCACUGCAUGACAAUGAAGCCCUGAAGAAGCUUGAGGACAGCUGGUACACUCGGUUUGCUUUAAAGUAUCAGCCCAUAGACAGUAUUCGUGGCUACUUCGGGGAAACAAUUGCUCUGUACUUUGGAUUUUUGGAAUAUUUCACUUUUGCAUUAAUCCCCAUGGCUGUCAUUGGGUUACCUUACUACUUGUUUGUGUGGGAAGACUAUGACAAGUAUGUGAUCUUUGCCUCAUUCAACCUAAUCUGGUCCACGGUGAUUCUGGAAGUGUGGAAGCGUGGCUGUGCCAACAUGACCUACAGGUGGGGGACAUUGCUCAUGAAGAGAAAGUUUGAGGAGCCCCGGCCGGGAUUUCAUGGUGUCUUGGGUAUCAAUCCCAUCACUGGGAAGGAGGAGCCUCUGUACCCCAGCUACAAGAGACAGUUGCGCAUUUACUUGGUCUCCCUACCAUUUGUAUGCCUCUGCCUCUAUUUCUCACUGUAUGUCAUGAUGAUUUACUUCGACUUGGAGGUUUGGGCCUUGGGUCUACAUGAGAACAGCGGGUCUGAGUGGACCAGUGUCCUGUUGUAUGUGCCCAGCAUCAUCUAUGCCAUUGUGAUUGAGAUCAUGAAUCGUCUCUAUCGAUAUGCUGCCGAGUUUUUAACUUCAUGGGAGAAUCAUAGAUUGGAAUCUGCCUAUCAGAACCAUCUAAUUCUGAAAGUUUUAGUGUUCAACUUUCUCAAUUGCUUUGCCUCACUCUUCUACAUUGCCUUUGUCCUGAAAGAUAUGAAGCUUUUGCGCCAGAGCUUGGCCACUCUCCUGAUUACCUCCCAGAUCCUCAACCAAAUUGUGGAAUCUCUUCUUCCUUACUGGCUCCAAAGGAAGCAUGGUGUGCGGGUGAAGAGGAAGAUGCAGGCUUUAAAGACAGACAUUGAUGCUACAUUAUAUGAACAAGUCAUCCUGGAAAAAGAAAUGGGAACUUAUUUGGGCACCUUUGAUGAUUACUUGGAAUUAUUCCUGCAGUUUGGUUAUGUGAGCCUUUUCUCCUGUGUUUACCCAUUAGCAGCUGCCUUUGCUGUGUUAAAUAACUUCACUGAAGUCAAUUCAGAUGCCUUAAAAAUGUGCAGGGUCUUCAAACGUCCGUUCUCAGAACCUUCAGCCAGUAUUGGUGUGUGGCAGUUGGCUUUUGAAACGAUGAGUGUUAUAUCUGUGGUCACUAACUGUGCUCUGAUUGGAAUGUCACCACAAGUGAAUGCAAUCUUUCCAGAGUCAAAAGCAGACCUCAUUUUGAUUGUAGUGGCAGUGGAGCACGCACUCCUGGCUUUAAAGUUUAUCCUUGCAUUUGCCAUACCUGAUAAACCACGGCAUAUCCAGGUGAAACUAGCCAGAUUGGAAUUUGAGUCUUUGGAGGCACUCAAGCAGCAGCAAAUGAAGCUCGUGACCGAGAACCUGAAAGAGGAACCAAAGGAAAGCGGGAAGGAGAAGGCAACCUGAGAGCCCGGUGUGCCCAGCUGCCCUGUUGGCAGAGGCCUGUGUGCCACACCCACCACGGUGGUGGGGGAUGGGUACUCGGGGCAGCAUCGUGGCUCCUGAACCCAGACCCAAUGCUUAGCCAAAUGAAGUAGCUCCCAUGUGACAAGCACCCGUCUCAGUGUCGCAGUGGCCCAGCUCAGGAUCCUUGGCAGUUCCUGGCAGUUCCCCCAGCCCCACCCUGUCUGUUCCUUCCCAGGCCCCACACACUGCUCCAGCUGCCAACUUUGCUGCAAAGCCACUGCCAUCCUUGAGCCUCUCACCAUGAGUGAGCCACCAGCUCUCCAUGUUCCCCUCACAGCAGUGUCACUCCCGGCCCCACCAUGGCCCAGGGACCUGUGGACAGGUUGGGGAUGGGGUGUGUACCCACUGUGCUCAUCACAGGAGCCUCAGUUGAGAGCGGGGUACAGUAAGGCAGUGCUUCCCACGCUGGACCUCUUUCCUGGUUCUCUUUUGCAAUAUGUUAACAGACCCUUUAUCAACAUAAACAAUAGUAACUGAGCUGUUAAAGGCAACCUCUCUGACUCC